AUGAGCAGCUCUCGAUCUAAUCUUCACUUCUUACCUGGUGAUCCAGAUAAAGAGGAAGUCGAGAUUGAGUCUUCUGGAGACAUUUCAGCUCUUCAGCGGUAUCAGUGGAAUCUUUGGUGCAACACAAUCGGCAACCGACUCGACCAACGAAGCAGGCUCCUUGACCUCGAAGCUCAACUCCGCGAGAACACUCAACUUGAGAUAGCUUUGAGGGAAAAGCUGCAAUCACUUUCUCAAUCGACAGAGUUCGAACAAAAGAUCCACGUCUGCUCACAGAAGUACUGGAUACUGGAACGAAAGUGGUGGGAGGUUAGGGCGAGUAUGCAAGAUGGAACGCUCACGCGAGCAAUUGAUUUCUGGCGCUCGCAGCCACGAUGGCACAUGCAUCGUAUACUUGUUGAAUAUUGUAUUGGAAUGGGAGGCUGUUGUGCGAGAGGUUGUGGAUGUUGUGAUAAACGCCAGAGCUUGCUGGUCGACCGAAGAUUUGCUGCUGGUCACUGCACUUUGAAAUGCUCUUGCUGUGAGAAGGCCCGUGGUUACAGGCUGGCCUGGAUUCUAAAGUCAAAGGCCAGAAAACUCAAUACCCUAGAGAGCCUGAAUGCGCGUUGGAGGCGAGUGAUGAGGGCUUCUCUUGUGGGGUUGGUUGUUGGUAGUAAUGAGGAUCCGAGGGAGCUGAUUCAGCCGCCACGGUAUGAGCAUUGA